AUGGAAGGAGAAGUCGUCGUAGAAGCAGGAGCUCAACCGCCGGCAGACUCUGUGCACCGAUUUGCCAUUGAACAAGGGAUGUAUCCUUUUUGUUUUAUGGAGUUUAAAAUGCCAGUGGGCCCAUGCGCAGGACGGGAGGAGUGGUCUGAGCACAUCUUCAGCCACAAAAUGUAUAUGCUAUGGCUGCGACAAGCACGAGUUGUGCGAGCCAUGCGUCCGUCCCGUAAAUUGAAAGUGUCACGCAAUACCUCGGGAUUGGAAUUGCUAGUGUUGAGAUGGUGUAGUGCAACCCACACGUUUGUGGCGAAGUGGGGAGAAUUUACGCCUACAUUGGAAGACGUGGCCCAAUUACUAGGCCUGCAUGUCAUGGGUAGAGGAUAUACAGUACCCCUGACGAUGGAUGAAGCGGAGAAGGGUAUCAUGACUGCAUUAGAGGAAGGGUUGGAGAAGACAAAGAGUUAUGGGUCCUUUUUUAAUGCGAAGGGGGCCAAACGCGAAGAGAGAGCAGAAGGAGCCAAAAAAUGUACAACAGGCGCCUGGAUACGCUACUGGUUCAAGGACCUGCAGCCUUCCUUCAAGGGGGAUAAGUCCGAGCUUCCCUUUGUUGAUGGAGACAAGAUUGGACAUCUUGCAGAGCUCGCAGCAUAUGUACUGUGCUGGUUGUCCAAGUAUAUAUUCCCAGGGACCCCAGACGAUGCACCUUUGAGUCGAUGGUGUCUGAUAGCGGUGAAGAUAGCAAGUGGGAUUGCGAUCCCACUGGGGCCGUUAUUCUUGGGAACACUGUACCAUCUAUUGGACAUGAUUGCUGAGGAUAGCACGCGCUCGACUGGCCGCUAUCUUAUGGUGUCCUAUGUAGCCAGUGGGUUUUUACAGAUGUUCUUGUACGAGAGAUUCCCCGCGUAUGGCCCUUUACCCUUGGAAUUGAACGACCAUAGGGCACGAGGGAGAUGUUGGUCAGGGCAGAUGUGCAGGCGACCAUUUGGGGAAGUAAUAGACUCUGAACGAGAGUUUGGGUUCAGGCCCUAUCGAGAGGAGAUAACAAGGGUGGCAGACAUGGGAAUCUGUUGGGAAGAUUCGAGGGUGAUCACACCAAGGCAAGAAUCGGGGGAUGCAGAUGAGCAAAAUUUUGCCUUGGUGGUGCUGCCAGGACAUCUGCCCGGGCGAUUUGAGCUGGGCGAUGUGAGCAAAGUGUAUAACCCAAGGCUGGUACCCAGGCAAUUUGGCUAUAAUCAAGGGGUUCAAGCGACUGUGGCUCAGAAGAAAUAUAUGAUGAAUUUGACGAAGUCUUAUUCCGGUUAA